AUGAAGUGAAAAUGGUUCAGGUUGGCUUCAAUUAUGCAACAGUUUUUGCCUUUUUGGUCUCUCUGCAACUGAUUGCUUUUUCGGUUUUAUUAAUACUGGAAUAUAGUUUGAUCGGUAGUAUUAACAAAAAGAGUUCCCACCAUGAAACAGACCAUACACUAAAAGAGUUGUAAGGAAAUGAACAUUGACGAAGACAUCUUUCUGAUCUUUUAAUGGUUACUGGUAAUUGGCCUGAAAUGUAACAGAUUUGGACGAAUAUGAUGAAAUCUUGUGAAAUAAGUGGCAAAGAACUAUUGGAUGCUGAUGUAAUAACUCCAGUGGAUCUCUAUGAAUGGUUGAAGGCAAAUAGUGGUAAUGAAGCAGCCAUCAUUGGUGUUCGCCUGCCAUGUUAUUGUUUCUUGCAGAGUCUCCUCAACUCUAUCAGAUCAGGUUCUAAUGGUUUGUUAUUGCCCGAUGGUGUUGAAAUAAACCAUCUGAAUAAGCCAAAAGACAAACUGUUAGAUUGGUUCUUUAAUCCUAUAAUGGUCCUGAAGGAACAGAUCAAGGUUAUAAAAUUGGGAGACAGUGAAGUUAGGCUGUUGGAGAAGUUGGUUCUUUUUGGCAACAAUACAGAACGGAUUGAUGCUUGGGACAAUCGCAGUUCAAUCCCUCAAGAUUCUCUCAGAGCUGCUCAAAUUGAAGGCAUAAGUAGAAGGUUUGAAUUUCCUUUAUUUUAUGUUUAA